CACCACCAGUUUGGUGUAGACUUUCAAGAUGGAUGCUUUUGCGUCGAUAGGUUUCUGUUUCUUUUUCGAAACGGACUCUACAUGCGGCGAUCCCCCCCACACGAACACUGAGGAUAUGUAUUCACAUUAACGGAUUUACCACCCGUGAAACGAUAAAAGUGGAUUUAAGUGGAUAUUUUUGUGCCUACGUGUUCGGACUGUCGCUUAUUUUGUAACUUCCUGGUUGUCGCAUUAAUAUGUCUGUUGAAACUGCGGCGAGAGCUCAAGUUACGAAAGGUUUUCUGGACCCAGGAUACAUGGGACUUUAUUAUUCUGUUAUGUUUAAAACCAGACACAGCUGUUUCCACGGAAGGGCAAAGGGAAAACGACAGAUUUCAUAAGUGCUCAGCAAUGGAAAGUGGGAAUGGUGGUGCCUCGAGUAAAGGUGUUUUAGUACCUGUCUCAGAAACUUCUGUCGUCUUUCAAAACAACAUUUUGGCUCCACUCAAAAGUGCGUACUUGUAUGAGGAGUCAAAGCAGUCUUUCAGAUACAAGUCUGCUGUCCUGGUAAAGAAUCCAGCACUGGAAGAAAAGUAUUAUGCUUUCCGAGAAAAUAGAAGAAAAGCAGGAUACUCAGACGAGGACCUGAAGGAGUCCUAUGGGUUUUUGCUGUUUGAUGAUGUCAACAAGGCUAAUGCGCUUGGAGAAACCGGUGUGCUUACUGGAAACAGCACAUGUACGACGCUGGGAGAUCCUUCACAUGGUGUUUACAUAUCAAUGUACUCUGACUGUUUGGAUCAAAAUCGCUGGUAUCAUGGAAAAUCUGGAUACAUUGCCAUCAUCAGGCUGACAAAGGGUAGAGUUAAAAAGGUUAUAGAGAACUACACCCAGAAUUUCACCGUGCCCACUGUGGGGUUUGACUGUCAUGUGUCAGAACAGUUGCCUUCAGUGUCUGCCAAUACCAGCUCCUUUCUUGCCUUCGAGAGAACCCAGUAUUACAUGUAUGAGCGGCUAGAUAAUGAAAGCAAGGCAACGAUUCAGUCUCCCAGCGCUGCCUGUCCUUUUGCCAUUGUAUCAUUUUCAUAUACGGAUACCAAAGCAACUUUUGCUGCACCACAGGAGAAAAGUGAGAAGAAAAAACUUGUUCUUCAUUACUUCCCAUGGAAGGGUCAGCUUCAAAUAGGCACCCAGUUCUAUGAUGUUGGGCUGAGGUCUACAGCAGGGGCCUUGAUCCCUGCAGAACUGCCACCAGUGGUGAAAAUUGACAGAGCCAUUUCCAUGGUAGAUCUGAGAAAGCUGUUGCCAAGGGCUGUCUUUGAAACCUGCUACUCUGGUGAAGUCUUUCUGGAUGGCUUGUACUGCACCCUGUGUGAGCUGGUUUCUUUCGAGGCAGAAGAAACCAAAUCACUCUCUCUGCUUCUGCGGGAGAUCAAGGAGAAAGAUCUUGCUCUCACCAUUCAGCUGAAUGAUGGUGGUUUUCUUAUCCUGUUGCACUCAUCCCAUUUCCUCACAUAUGAUGAUACUGGGUCCAGUACUGAUGUCCUGCAAGGCAUGUUUGUGUUUCCAGUCUCACAAGUUAUACAAAGAGGCACAAAAUCUGAACAGAAAAGGCCUGCCAUGUCAUCUGAAAUCCUGCGGGUUCUACCAGUACUAAGUUAUGCAGAGGGUGAGGUUGAGAAAAACCCCAUUUAUCCAGAUGAAGAGCUGUGUGAAGUCUUGGCGCAGCAUAUGCAGAGUUACGCAGCUCUGAUAAAUCCUGGGUUGGCAAGUCCCUCAAGGGAAAUCAGCAUGUUUCCAGAUCAGUAUGAUGUGCUGGAUGCUCACAAGCACCUCUAUUCUUCCCCAGAGUGGACUAACAGAGCAUGGCAGAGCUUCAGGUCAUACCUGAGCAAGCCAGUCUCUUUUCAACUGCCAGUGUCAAAGGCUUCUGAAAUCCUGGCAGCCGGACAAGAGGAGCGAAUGGAAGACCUUGAUGAUGAUGUCUACAUCUGUCUGUCGUCUCCUGAGGAGGCACCAGCCAAUCCUGUUAGUAUGGAGUUAGAAGACAAGCUGACAGGUCAGAGAUCUCCUGUAAACAUUGAAACAUCAGUGGACAGUGGUAUAACAAGUGUUGAGGCACAAGAAGACAUCACACCUGUGUCCAAGAAUGUUAUACCAGAUGAUUUGCAAGAUGGUGCAAUAUCUGUGCACAAUGGUAUAACAAGUGCUGAAGCACAAGUAGACGUAACACCUUUGCCCGAGAAUGUUAUACCAGAUGAUUUGCAAGAUGGUACAACAUCUGUGGACAGGGAUAUAACAAGUGCUGAAGCACAAAAAGACUUAACACCUGCACCUCAGAAUGUUGAACCAGAUGAUUUGCAAGCUGGAGAUGUUAGAAAAGACACUGGCAAAUCUGAUCUGACUGUGCUGAUCACAACGGAUAAGGGGGCAAGAAAUCUUCUGAUUCCCCCUACAUCAGAUGACCUUCCUGCAGAGCUGAUUGUCAGCAUCACUUCGGCAGAACGAACUGUCACUGAUGAGAGUAUAAGUAUGAUCAGUACGGUGUCUGCAACAAAGCAUAAUGACUUUCAGCUUUCUGGUGUUCCAGCGGCCAAAUUGCAAACGGCAGAAGUGAACUCUCUGAAUGAUGACACUGUUACAACCAAAAAGGUUUUGGACUGCCCUGAGGUCACCAAUCUCACAAAAACAAAACGGAGGAAAUUACGCAGGGGUUAUUACAGAAGUCGGAAGAAAGUAUCAAAAGUUUGCCUUGAGACUCCCAGUUUGAAAAAAUUCAAAACACCAGUGGAGUAUGACAACUUGAACAGUCAGUUGGAAGGCCAGGCCAAGGAAUCAUCAGCCCAACAAGAGUUGAGUAAUCCCUCAGAUAUUGGUAGAAGGAAAAUACAAAGCGGAAGGCGCAUAUUUGGAAAAUCAUUGUCAAAAAAUGUUGGUUUAGCAGUACCAGAGGAGAAAAAAUCUGACGCGGGAAAGCAGACUUUGGAAAACACCAUUUUAAUGGAACUUGCAGCUUGUCCUCUGAGAAAAAAAAUGGAACGCUGGGACUUGAAGCCGAUCAUCAGUGAAUGUGGAAGAAUCUUGGUUCCCCAUGGUUCUGCAGAUAUUGCUGAUCAAAUUAAGUCUUUAAAGGAUAAGCUUCAGCCUAAAAAAGAUGAAGAGUGCCAAAGUAAAAUGUCGAUCAGUGCUUCAGAGAAUGCUCAUUGCGCAGUCAAAAUGGAGUACAAGUCUAGCACAGCUCCAGAGACAGCAGUGGAUGAAACAGAGGCCACAACAUCUAAGGAUAGAGGGAACUGUCUUCAAAAUGGCAGUGAUGUCAAUUCUGAACACAGCAUUGUGAGACCGUCAGAUGAUGGCAAUGGUUCAUUGACUUUGAAUCAAGAGAGUAGUGUGCAUUCUUCAAAGACUGAUGGCACAUCAACUCCUUCCUCAGAAGCAGUUCAGGAAAAACGCACUGAUACCCUCUCCCCAGCAAAGUGUGCUACAAAAGGUGAAUUUUUGUUAAGUAAAUUGAAAUCAGUUCUUCUAAGAGGAAAGAGAAAAACUGAUAACCUUGCAUCAGAGGAAAGACCUGCAGAUACUGCCAAAGACACUGAGCCUUGUCUGAAGAAGUGCAAAAUUGACUCAGAUACUGGGAUGCUGAAGACUAAUUAUGCAAUUACAAGUGUCCAGGAUACCAAUGUGUAUGUCAAGGAAGUUUCAAAGAUGCUGUCAGUUGACCCUCUUUUUGCAUAUGCCCUUGGCCUUACCCCUAAAGCGACACCAGAUAGAAUACAGAAAACUGAAGGUCAGGACACUCAACAAAGGAAAGACUCAUCAGAUACACAAGAGCAAACCAUUCUAGACAAACAACCUCAAAUCAUACAAAGGCCUCCUUCAAUCUUUCCAAGAAGGGGAAGGAUUAAAAUGCUAAAAAAGCAUCAAGGCAUCUCUACAGAAUAUGUUAGAAAGAAAUGGUGGUUGCAUUUUCAAACCCCAGCUUGUUUUGCCAGUGAAAAACUCAAAUACAAAGAGUGUACUAGGGAUAAUUCUAUCAGGAAGACUGAUAAGGAAAAAAUGAACAGUGCUUGCUCAUCUACAGAUGCUUUGAACUUACUUGCUGACUUGGCACUCAGUGCCAGUAAUGACCAGGUUCCACCACAACCAGACCCAGCACUUGAGAGAAAACCUGAGACAAGUUUGAAGAAAAGUGACCUUACAAACGAUGUUACCAGUGCUGAACAAGAGUCAGUCCUUCAUGCUCUGCUUAGACAGCCUGCUGCUAGACCCAUGCAGCCUCUUGAGUCUCCUCCACCAAGCCAUCUAAUGGGAGGCAGUGAAUUGGUUGGUUUGAUAUCUAAAGAACAUGCUUACUCAUUGCCCCCAUCUUCCUCUCUACUGUUGGGUUUGCCAGGUACACCAUUCCAGGUAUCCCCUUUAAGUGGUUCUACAAGACUGCUGCACCAUCACCAGACAAUGUAUGGCGAUGGAAUUAAUACACUACACCCCUCUAUCAGCCAGGAUGAUAGAAGUGAACAAAACCACAGGACUCCAGAAUACCUGAAAAGACACAUGGGGCACAGAAGAAAGUUCAGACAAUCCCGUACCUUUGUUAGCAAGGAUGGAUCUAUCCAAGUCACAAAGCAGUGGAAAGAAAACUAUGACUUCAAUCUAGACAGCAAGUUUACAAGUGACUCAAAGGAUAAAACCAUUGUCCGAGCCUUGCAUGGCCCAUGGGAUUUCUCAAUGCAAGACACCAGUGAAGAGGUCCGGCUUAUCGUCCACAUGUGGAUAGGUCUGUUCUACAGCAGAUCAACAGCCAGACUCUUUCAUGUUGACUCGAACUCAUGUUCAGAAGAGAGAGAUUCUUUGGAAUUGUCCAAUGGAAUGGUAUCAGCCCCGGCUCAGUCUGAGCUCAAGGCCAGUUCGUUUGCUCCUUUCCCGAGUGUAACAGACACUUCAGACCCUUCAUUUUCAAAAGCUUUGGACCUCAGCAAAAAGGAUGACUCUGUCUUGGACCAAGGACCUCUAAUUUUAGACUUGUCAAUGAAAAACUCCAAGUCAGAGAUUGUCACUUCAGAUCCACAAUUCAACAGAAAAGACACUUCUGUGUCCGGUGAUGGGAAAGAAGCUAGUGAAACGUUGAACACAUCCAAGUCAUCUGUGGGACUACCGGAGGCAAGCACAAUGCAGUGUUACAAAAAGACGGUGCACUCUACAGAGAUUAUCAGUGAGGGGAAUGAUGUCAGAAGCACCUUUGAGGAUAAGAGGACUUGUACCCCUUCUCAAAAAGCUGGGAGUCUGGACAACACAGAUGUACCAUCUUGUAAAGGAACAUUCAUUCUUGAACAAGAGGAAAUUAAAAGUGCAUCCAGUCAGCAAGAAAAUGAUCAGACAGGCCCAGGAAGUGGCCACAUGUCAUGUGAAUGCAACGAUAAGCCUGUUGGAAUUGAAAAUUCAGAACAUACAGCUAAAAGCAUAGUGCAAAAACAAGAAAGGAGUUCAUCCAAAUCUGUGACAGAUGAAGAAGUAGACUCCAAAAAGGAAGCAGACGAUGUGGUCCAUGCUGUUGAGCAUGAUAAAAUUGAUUCCAAAGAGGGGGGAAACUUGGAAGUGAAAGAAAAGCCAUGGCAAGAAGACAAUGUAGAAUCUUCUCCAACAGUUGUUGAUACAGGUGAUGAUUCAACAAACACAGAAUCCGGUGUACUCUGCAAAGGUCCUCUGGAAAAUGAGAAGCAGUUAUCUCAGGAGAAACCUACAGCAGUUUCCCCAGGCAAGGUUGAAAAUGUAAAUGAAGAUGAGGGUUGUUCUGAAGUAAACACAGGUAAAGUGAUGGAAGAUGAAAAUCACCUUGGAAAAGAAGACAGACUUGAUGAGAAAGACAGAUGUGAUUCACCUGCAAAAGCUGACAGUGAUCUGAGUGAUCAGCCAGUACCUAUGAUGUGUGAUGGCCCAGACUCAGUAAAGGAUGGCAUCAUAGAGUGUUAUCACAAACCACCAUUGGAUGAGGAACCACCUCAAGUCAACAGCGAAGAAGAUGCUUGCCAUGAUUUACAGUUGAGACAGCUUUGUGCAACCAGCAGUGCGAUGACAGACGAACAAGCCAUUUCAGAAAAAUCUCUUGAAGAAUCCUUAAAAAAGGAGCCUAUUGCAACCAGCAGUGCGAUGACAGACGAACAAGCCAUUUCAGAAAAAUCUCCUGAAGAAUCCUUAAAAAUGGAGCCUAUUGCUAAAGAAACUGCAGUUGAGGAACAUUUGGAAAAAGAUGUUUGUUUGGCAGAUAAGACAAUUCAAACGGCAGCAUUAGCUAUGUCUGAUGAGAACAACUGUUCAUUAGAUGGCUCUAACUCAGCUGGGCUUAUUCCCCAGACAAAUGACAGUGUUGAAACAGGAAGCCAAAUCAAAGUAAUGGAAAACUUCAGUCUAAGUUGUGAUGACCAUGAAGAUGGGGAUACCCAAUCAUUUGAAGGAGAGCAAAAGGUUGAUAAUGUAACUGAGAAAGAGCUGUUUCAUCAUCAGUCUCAUUCACUUCACAGUGAAGCCAAAGUGACACUAUUUCAAGAAACAGAUCUCAAACAGAUUGACAAAAUAAAUGAUGGAUUGGAAAAGAUCAAUGGUCGGGUUGUAAUUCCAUUUAUUGGAAUAGACACCUCUGAAGACAAUACAGUACAACCACAUGGCUCACCCUCACCAGGCAAGGUUGAAGAAGUUGUUCAGGGCCAGGAAGAAAUACCAUUUAUCAGUGGAACUAACUACCCUGAAACUGUCCUACCCACAGAGGUGUGCGGUACAUUUCAAAUGUACAGUAAAAAGGCAGAAUUACCUGCUGGCAGAACAUCACUAUCACUUCUUCAUGGAAGUGAAAACAACCAGCUGGUGGUUUCGGAAAAUGAAUAUGACGACCGGUGUUCUACCCCAACUAUGGAUGAGAAACCAUAUGAGUACUUACCUUGCUCUGGCCCUAGUGCUAGUGCUUCUGAUUUUAGUGGUGGUGAAACCACUGGAAACAAGGCUCAUAAACCUCUUGAUAUAGGGCUGACAUCUCAAAAGGAUGAGAUGUUACUUGAGAACAAACUUUGUCACAAGUCUACAGUAAACAGUGAUGCCACACCUCAUUGCGAUCUUCACCCUGAUCUUGAGCUAAGGACUCUAAGAGUUCUGCAAAGUAUAGACAAGUACCUCCCCAAAUCAAGCCACACUGACAAAACUAGCCAAAUUGAGACAGCUGAUAUGAAACACUCUAUUGAUCAAACCCCUAAUCCUACGAGCAAGUGCAUACCCCCUUGCUUAGCCCUAAGACACACCUCAGCUGAUGUCAACAACCAGAAAAUAAGCAAUACAAAGCCAGCAAUGGGGGCAGCCCCUACCUCACAAGAACUGCAGACAGAAUCAACAGGUCACUUUCUCAUAUCACCUUUCAAAAGAAACUUAGAGGAAGUACUUGGUGUUAAGUUGCAGUUUAAGAAAACAGACUCAUCAGUUCCUCAACACUAUUUUGAAAGAACAGAUAAAUUACAGGAAGCCUCGGUAGGGCAAGAUUAUUGUCAUCCCUACAGAUCCGUUCCCUCUACUGAGAGUUUGCAAGCUAUUAAACCAAACAUCAUUGACCAAGAUAAGCAUAAGACAACAUCACAGACCAAUAUAAGUCAUGAAUCACAUUCGUACAGUCAGCGUCCUGUCAUGGCAGUAAAACCAUCUAAGAGUGAUGAAAGUCAAGCAGACAGCAUCUCUAUAGACAGACUGAUUGAAAAAGCUGCAAUGUCACAUUUCUUCAGAAAUAAACAGGUUAAAACCCCUGUAGUCACACACACCACACCCACUACAAUGCUCUUGGAGAAAAAGACAGAGAAACACAAGAGAAACUCUGAAAGACUAAAUGAUGACAAGCAAGAGACAAGUGAGCAUUCUUCAAUGAGCAGCUGGUUAUCAAAUGUCAGUGACAGUAAGUCUUACUCAGAUAAAGCUCAAUCUGUAUGUCUAGAUCCUUUCUACCAGCACCAAGGAAGGGGCAAUUCAAAAUUCAACAAAAUGCCUUCAUCAUCUCUCCCUGUGCAGUCUUUUGAAUCUGCAGGAAGUUCCUCUAAACAUGUUGAUGGAAACCAAGGUUUCAUGACCUACAGUUUAGUUGAGAAAUUUGGGCAAACAACUAAAGAGGGCAUUGCAGUGGAUCAAAUAGGAUGCUCAGACACAUCGACUUCACGUGCGGAUUACAAAGAUGGUGGCAUGAUGGAUGACAGUCUCCUCCUCGACCCUCAAAGCUCACUCAUGUGUACGGUCUAUAACACCAGCCGGAAGAGACCUUAUUCUUUUCUUGAGCAAGUCUCUCGGAGGUGCCUACAAGAUGACAUCACUGAGGCAUCAAUGGAACAGGAGUGCCUUAUCUUCUCAGAACAAAUGAGACAGCUUUUGAAAAGAAGUAAGAGGGGACCCACCAUGGACACACAUGACAAAUUGCACUUGUCUUGUGCCAGUCCUGUGACUGUGCAGUUUUCUAGUCUAGAAGAGCAGGAGGAUGCAGUGGAACACUUGAACGCACACUUGGAUCCACUGUCAGUUGUUGGACAAAAAAUCAAGGUAGACAUGUCAGACAGGAAACACCUGGCAGACACCACAAAGGAAGAAAAGACUUUUUACUCUAAAAAAACAUCUCAAGGAACAGGGAACCCAAUGGAACAUGCUGGGAUAUCUUGCGUGACCUCAGAGUGUGCCAGGCUGUAUGAGGCAAAGAUGAAUGAUGUUUGUGCUGUCAAAAAGGUUCCAUCCACACCCAAGCACUUCAAGAUGGAUCGAGGUUACCUGAAGACUGAAUCAAGUAACCAUUUUGACUUCUGUGAUCAAAUGAAGAGGGAGAUGGAUGAGAGUUUCCGCAGUAAACUGAAUUCAGUUGUGAAGAAAUCCUGUAAAACAAAGUACAGAUUCUACAUAUUAGUGACAUCAGAUGAUCCCUUCUUUGAGGAAACGAAGGCACAGUUAGAAGCAGAGGGCCACACAGCUGUACAGCCAUCCGAGUUCUUCCUUAGUGAGGAUAGUGCUUCAUCUCUACUCAUCAUUCUCAGGAAUGAAGACAUUGCAGAGCACAUUUGUGAGGUCCCGCGUUUGCUCGAGCUGAAGAAUACACCAGGUGUGCAGUUUGCUGGAAUUGACGAACCAGAUGAUGUUGUGAAUCUGACCCAUCAGGAGCUGUUCACCAGGGGUGGCUUUAUAAUGCUCGACAGAGCAGCACUGGAGCCCCUCAGCCUUUGCAACAUGCAAAAAAUGGCAGAAAUCUUGAAAGAACUAAGCAGAACGGGGAAGUGGAAAUGGAUGUUGCACUACAGAGACAGCCGUAGACUGAAGGAAAAUGCAAGGUUGAGUGCAGAGGCAAAAGAGAAGAAGCAGUUCCUUAACUGGUGCCAAGAAGCUGGAAUUAUGGAGGUCAUGCCGUACCAUGAGUGUGACCUCACGUCAAGAGAUCGGCCCGACUAUCUGACAUGUUUGGUCCGUUUGCAGGUCCAGAACAUAUCAGCCCGUUACCCUGUUUUUAUAACUGAUUCAACAACUGACAGCACGUUCGGAAGGAAUGGAAUUUUAACAAUGACUUUCAGCUCUUUCCUGAUGUGUUCUCCAAGCGAAACAUUUACAGCCUGAGCUGGAAAGGGUCUGAUGGACACAUUUAAGUUGUGCAAAUUCAAGAACACAACAAUGAGAACACUCACUGAAUGUGAGGAGAAACUAGAGAUUUACCCACAAUUUCAAAAAUACUACAUUUAAAGGAAUACUUCACUUGCAAAUGACCAUUUGUGUAACGGUCACUCACCGUGUUACCUUGACUUUGUGGAGAAAACUGGUCUUCUUGCAUGUCUCCAUCGUGAAUGGAGAAUCCAAAACAGGUGAACAUACUUCAUGAGUUGAAGUAAAGAGGGACCACUUUUAACAACAGCAAGACUAUAUCAAAACAUUUGCUGACAAACUCUCACACAACUCCUGCAUUAUAAUUCAAGUCUCAUUCGUCCUGUCAUUUGCUCAGUGCUCCCCACACACAUGCAUAUUCACUAAAUUAUGAUUUAAAACAAGUUAGUACAAACAGUCUCAUUCACGGCUGAGUAGCAUGCCUGGAUAUGCUCAUGCAUUUGAACUCUGAUAUACACACGUAUGCUCAGGCCAAGAGAAAACCUGCUGUGCUGAAAAAUGAAGUUUAACGUGCAUGCAAAAAAACUGCAGUUCCUCUAAUGGCCACUUGAGGCUAGCUCCAGAAGCAAGUUAAUCUCCAUCGACCUCCAUGUUAAAAGGCCCAACUUUACAGCAGAAAUAAACAUGUUUACAGCCUGGUAUGGAAACCGUUUUGGUCUACAUAAGUAGUUUCCUCCUUUAUGAUAACUGUACAGGGGUGAUUUUUUUUAUAUAACCCCCCAGUUUUCCAUUUUAUUAAGGCUUAAAAUUAUGCAUAAUUAAGGGCUGGCUGCUUUGAGAAAGAGGCUCUCUGCAGAUACAGUCUUUGGCAUCUCCACUCCUCCACAGCUACAGCCUCUCAUCCAAAUACGGUCACUUCUGGCUGCACAAAGUCAAGAUGGCAUCAUCCCAAAUGCCAAACUCAAGGCUUCAAAACAUGAGUCCACAAACCAAUGGGUGACGUCCAUCCAUUAUUUUAUACAAUCUAUUGCUCAGGCACACUCAGGGGUACUACUUGAGGGUGGAGGUGUUUUAUAUUGUCAUGUUUAAAUGAAAAGGCAUGUGUUUGUAAUGUACUGAGCAUAUGGCUGGAUAAUUGAGACUUGGACUAUACUGCACAAGUUAUGUGAUUUUCUGUUAACAGAUGUUUUGAUAUAGUUUUGCUGUUGUUAAACGCGGUCCCCAUUUACUUCAAUUCAUGAAGAAUGUUCACCAUUAUUGGAUCGUUCGCUCACUGUAGAGGCAUUAGAGAAAAACAGUUUUCUUCACGACUACAAGGUAACACACGGUGAGUAAUUGAUAUACAACUGGUCAUUUUGCAGGUUAACAGUUCUUUUAUUUUUCUUGAAUACAUCAGUUCAGCUUUUUUGUAUGAAGCAAUAAUUAUUGAUUUAUUAUUUGACAUGUUUUGUGUUUGUUUCAUUUCUCAACUAAGUUAUCAUUCAGUUAAUGGAUUGUGACAAAAAUGCCAGUAUACAGGCAGUUGUACUGUAUAUACUGUAUGCAUCUUGUAUUAUAUUUUUUAUUGUUUUUUACAGUGUAUAUUUAGUUUUUCUUUUCAGUCCUGAUCUCAAACAUUUGCUGCACAAUCAUUAUUAGUGUUUGUUUUUAGGUAUAAAUUGACACAAUUGCGACAAAGCUAAAUUAGCCUGUUUGUAUAUUUUAUAUAUUUAAGUAUACUACUCUCGCUGUUUAGGUUGUUGACAGUGAUUCUUAACUCAUGAGUGUUGAAUAGUUGGUGCACAGCAAUGUAACAAACUCAGCACUUGUUUAUGUUUAUAUUUCAUGACUCUGUCAAGAGCAGUUUGACUGAGAAUAAAGCAGUUUCUGUAACUGUUUUGCUUUAAAAAGAAAGAAAGAAAACAUUCAUACAAGCUGAAGAAUGAACUACUCACACUACACUACGUGUUGCCACUCACAGAUCAUACUUCCAAAAAUAAGACCUAUGACUGUUUACAAAAGGAUGAGGUUGCUGCCAUCUGGCUGUAAAUAGACUCAAAUGAACUGUCUUUGUGUUUAGGUAGAGUGACACACAUAAUGGAUACAUGCAAUGGAAAAUGAGAAGUGAGGACUUUAACCAGGAGAGGGCCUCACUGAGAAUAAAACUCUGGAUGAGACAACACUGAACAUAAGUUGGAUUUAUCCCAGAAAAUCUUACAGCACAACUCACCGAAGAUCUGUUAAACCUGAGAUGUGAUUUUAAACCAAAUUAGAAAGAUCCUUUUGAUUUGUUAUUCUUAAGUCUAGGUCAUAUUUUGCCCUCCAAAUUUAAAUGUUAGAUUGAGGUGGUGAAUGGUCUGUAUAUGAAUCAGACCAGGUUUGUAAAUUUGUUGAGGGAAAAAAAAAA